GAGUCCACAUGUAGGUCAUGCAGUCAAGCCCCGAGUCUUUGGAAGCACCUCUUCUUCUUCUUCUUCAUCGUCGUCAGGACGACCAGGAGGACCACUUUUAGCCUAUGCUGUGUUUUUAGCUUGGCUUUGAGAAGCUCCAUGCCAUAAUGCUAAUAAAGCCAGCUAACAAUAAAUCUGGAUUACAAUCGUUCCUUAAGUGAUUUAAAGCUGCUCUGUGCUCUCAGACAACACACAGGAGGGCGUUGGGGCAGACUAAGCUCAUUUGGAGGUUUGGGAAUGACAUCUUUUCAUCUUUGGAGACGUUACUCGUGGACACACACCCACCCACCCAACCACCGUGCAGCCCUGCCUUCCUCCCCUCCUCCUCCUCUUCCUCCUCCUGUGGACCAGCGCACCGCUCAGCCCGGCCAUUGACAGCAUAGCAGUAUUUCUGACACACACGCACAGACAUGGAGGUACCAGGCUUAGCGCGCAACAACAUCAGCAGCCCGCUGAGCCCCUGCGAGGGGAUGAUCAAGGACCUGAGCCUGGAUGCCAUACAGCUCUGUGAGAGAGAUGGAAGUAAAUCCCAGGAUGGCGCCAUCUCCGACAUGGAGGAGCUGCCCGUUCCUCAGAGCAUCAAGAUCAGCAACAUCACCUGCGACUCUUUUAAGAUCUGCUGGGACAUGGAGCAACGCGGAAAGGAACGCAUCACGCACUACUUCAUCGACCUCAACAAGAAGGAGAACAAAAACUCCAACAAGUUCAAACAUAAGGAUGUGCCCACCAAGCUGGUGGCCAAGGCGGUGCCCCUACCCAUGACGGUGAGGGGCCACUGGUUCCUGAGCCCACGCACCGAGUACACGGUGGCCGUGCAGACGGCGUCCAAACAAACCGACGGGGACUACGCAGUGUCUGAGUGGAGUGAAAUCAUCGAGUUUUGCACGGCUGAUUAUUCCACUGUGCAUCUCAACCAGCUGCUGGAGAAGGCCGCCGCCAUCUCCGGCCGCAUGUUGCGUUUCUCCGUCUUCUACAGGAACCAGAAUAAAGAAUACUUUGAUCAAGCGAGGGAGGAGCAGGAGAACCGAAUGCUUCCAUCGGUGAAGGACAACAGCGGCAGCCAUGGGUCUCCAAUCAGCGGCAAGCUGGAGGGUCUCUUCUUCAGCUGCAACACAGAGUUCAACACGGGCAAACCCCCCCAGGACUCCCCUUACGGACGCCACCGCUUUGAGGUCCAGGCCGACGCCCUCUUCAACCCCGACACCAACCUCUACUUCGGGGACUUCUACUGCAUGUACACGGCGUACCACUACGUCAUCCUGGUCCUGGCCCCCAAAGGCUCCCAGGGGGACAACUUCUGCAAGCAGAGGCUCCCCGCCCUCGACAUCGCCAACAACCGCUUCCUCACGUGCACGCGGAGCGAGGACGGCGACGGCGGCCUGGUGUUCCAUCACGCCCAGGACGUGAUCCUGGAGGUGAUCUACACGGAGCCCGUGGAGCUGACGCGGGGCACGGUGGCGGAGAUCAGCGGGCAUCAGCUGAUGAGUCUGUCCACCGUCAACGCCAAGAAGGACCCGAGCUGCAAGACCUGCAACAUCAGCGUGGGACGCUAGCGAGGAUGCGGGACGGACUUCCUAGUGCACUGACCAACAUGCAUGAAGCAGCUGAUUUAAACACACACAUCACUUAGCAUCAUCAAUGUUUCAAAAUAAGAGUCCUUCCAUGUAAAAAAAAAAAAAAAAACGUCGCUAACAUGGCUGCUUCUUUGUUUUGCUCAUGAAUGCCUCCUUUUUGUUUCUUAUUCUUCUCUAACGUUUCUUUACACCCCCCUCUCGUGGCAUGAACCGGUACUACAGUUUCCCCCAAGGCUGCAGCAUCCAACCAAAGGUAUAAAAAAAGAAAAAAAGAAAAAAAAGCUGUGCAAUCCUACUGUCAGUGAACGCAACAGCCUGUAAAGUGAUGGGCGAUCUGCGUUAACCUUUAACGAGCAUGAGGCCGUCGUUCGUGCAGCAUGAGUGUACCGGGAGUACUGCGGUGGUGUCGUUGCCGUGGCAACCGUCUCUGUUGUAGCGUAAAGAGGAAAGGGGGAAAAAAAACAACAACUGUUCAGUGGGAUAAAUGUGAAAAUAUAUUUAUUUUUUAUGGAUACAUUCAUAUGUAGAUACACAGUAUAUAUAGUUAUAUAUACCAGAAGUGCACACACACACACACACACACACAUGUGAUUCAUGUCAAAGACAGCAUUUAAGAUUGAACGGGAUUCCUGUCAAGCGAAUGAAGGGAGAGACGUGAUGAUGCAAUAUAAUGUUCAUGUUCACAUCGUUGGUCAACGUGAACGUAAAAACACCACACAGUACACUCGUUUCCGUUAAGUCAAACAAUGAAGGACUGAAAGGUUGGUUGCAUUUCAUACACGGGAGUACCAGGGCCACACCGACAACGAGGAAUUCUGGGGGAAAUUAACCCAUGAGAGUAAAAUGCUAAUUACAGGAAUAAUGUCAAACUAUAAAAUGAAAACUUUGUCUUUUUAUUUACGGUAUGUUGCUUUUUUUCUUGUAAUUUAAUAAUUUGCGUCUGAUAACAUGAAGAUUUAAUAAUAUUUGAUAAUAUUACUACUUCAUUUUUAUACUUCUGUUGUAAUAAUACAACUUUUUUCUUGGGAAGAAAAUAUGACUUCUUUCUCAGAAUAUUACUACUUUAACAUAAGUGGACCCCCCCCUUAAAGUAUUUAAUCAUUAAUUUUCUACCGCUUAUCCUCACGAGGGGUACACCCUGGACUGGUGGCCAGCCAAUCACAGGGCACAUAUAGACAAACAACCACUCACACUCCACACAGAGAUGGCUGAGAGUGGAAUUGAACUCGGGUCUCCUAGCUGUGUGGCCUGCGUGCUAACCACUCGUCCACUAUGGAGACUCAAAAAAAGUAUUCAUUAUUAAUAUUCAUUUAUUCAUUCAUUUUCUACCGCUUAUUCACACGAGGGUCGAGGGGGUGCUGGAGCCUAUCCCAGCUGUCUUCGGGCGAGAGGCGGGGUACACCCUGGACUGGUGGCCAGCCAAUCACAGGGCACAUAUAGACAAAAAAAAACACUCACACUCCACACAGAGAUGGCCUAGAGUGGAAUCAAACUCGGGUCUCUGAGUUGUGUGGCCUGCACGCUAACCACUUGUCCACUGUGGAGCCUCAAAAAAAGUAUUUAUUCCUCAUUAAUAUUGUGACUUUUUUUUUGAUUGUUUGGAACAAUUUUGGAACAACAAUAAUGUUUGCCUAUAUGACUAAUACUAUAUAUGAAAAAAAUAUGAUUCUUGUAUUAUUAUAUUUUUUACAUAUUACAGUUUUCCCCACAUACUGUAGUCUGAUGUAAUUCUCCUAGCGUUACAAGAACUUGGCUUCAUUCAUUUUCUAAAAUGCUUGUCCACACUUGGUAUUGGGAUUAUGCUGGAGCCUAUCCCAGGUGGGAUACACCUGCCAACUUUGCCAUUUUUCCCCGCAAUCUGACCAACUUUACGGUGAUUCCUCACCAUUUGCCAUUUCUUCCUUUGCCUUUCUGUGUGGCCCCCGUACCCCUUCAUCGAUUGGAUGCCUUUAUUUUGCCUUUAUUAAGCAGACUCAUAAUUCACAACAAUAAGAAUAAGAAUAAGAAACAAUUAGCAAAGUGCCAUAAAUACACCUACACUAAUGUUGACAUUACUCAUCAUGUACAAUAAAGUACGCUAGUACGCUACAUGACAUACACGUUGCUUCAUCUUGUGCUUUUUGGACUUCCAUCUUCCUGUAAAGUGCAAACGAGCUCAUUCAAGUCCUGUUCGGGUUCUUUUGUUUUUGUUUGUCAAGACUAAAAGCUCCACUGUGAGAAGCUCAGCUGCUCUUGGCUGUUUCCUGUUUUUUACUGAGCAGAGCCUCCAGGAGGCGGAGCUUUGCUUUGAGGUUCUUAUACUGGCAGUACUCGUCUGCCAUGGGGCCGCGGUCCUCCUUUUGACAAACCCUGCAGGAGGAGACAAGAGGACGCUAGGCUUAUUUGUUGACGGCCCCUAAGUUGCCUUAACUGGGAUGGCGUUGUACAGCGUGUGUUGUUAGCACGGAUAAAUGACUGUAUUUACAUGGAUGGCGUACACUUUGCAGUCUUGGCGUCUUUCCUCGGCUCUCUGUGCUGUAUCGGUGACUGAUGCCGUUAUACAUUUUUCCCACGCAAGUUCCUUCCUUUCUCCUGAUUUCGUUGGAUUUUGUUGUUAUUUUAUUCUUUGUUACUUGACACGAUGCAUUGUUCAAACCAAAAUGCUCCCGAGUUUGUUUAAAGAUGGAAUAAAACUCAAAAGCAAAUGUUUACUUAAGUGUGUGUGGGUGUUUUUUUGUGGGUACCUGCCACUCAGCGUGUAGAAAAGAUCCUCAAACUCUCGCAGCGCUCGAUGAAUCCGACGUUUUUCCAGCCGGGUGAUCCUCAGAUGGUCCAGUAAUUCCGAUCUGCAUAACGAAAACACGCCACAAUGAAGAUAUCACAUCAAACAAGUUCAUAAAAUAUCAAUGUCUUCUACCUGGAGGCCUCAUGGAGUGUUGCCAUGG